CAUCUUUCUCAGCUCCCACCAUCAUGCCAGCUCGUUACUCCCCUCUUCCAAACAAUAACGACGCUGAACGCGAGCUCAACGCUGCGUUUGAUGACGAAGAAGAUGACGAUGAUGAAAAUACCCCCCUCAACAACAUCGCACAUAGCGACUUGACCAUUAAUACGCCUGUAGCAGCAACGACCGAAAAUUCUGGCACGUAUGAUUUUGAAAGGGAUUACGACGUCCCUCCUCCUGGUUCUCCUCCGGCUCCUUCAUCGUUCGCUCUGCCAAAUGAUUAUGGCAAUAGCAACGGUUUUCUGCCUACGUCUCCUAUUCAAGCUCCUCGUCGAACUUCACCUUCAUUCUUCCGUAGAGUUGUUGGCGCUGUUCUCCCCACCCAUUACGCUCGAGUUCCAACAGAAGAUUCCUCAAUCUCGACCUCCAGAGUCCUGGGAGGCGGAGUGGAGAACGACGGUGUUUUUGCCAACGUGACCGCAAAACCACAACCUGCUCAAGUCAUUCGAACAUCAGAGGGAAAUAUUCAUUUAGUGCCGGAAGAGACCCAGAAAGAAGCUCCUCCUUCAUAUCAAUCGGCACAAGCAGAUGCUGUACCGCCGUACUGGGAAACUACCGUUGUUGCGCCUGCGGUUCCCGGACAGUCUGGAUCAGAUAUGAUUAUUGAAGACCUUCCUUCAGGUUCAGUCUGGGUGUUCUUUAUCAACGCUUUCAUAUCAUUCUUCUUCAAUUUCAUCGGUUUCCUCCUCACCUUCCUCCUUCAUACUUCUCAUGCUGGAAAGUUCGGUUCCCGUGCUGGCCUGGGACUCACUCUGAUCCAAUAUGGGUUCUACACACGCACAGGCUCGGUCUUACUGGAAGUAGAUGGCUCAGGCAAUGAUGCCGCCAGUGGGAUGAUGGCUACAGGAACUCCACUUGACCCUGCCAGCCCAAUGGCUACUGGUACCCCCACAAUUCCCGAUCCUAGCCAACCCGACAAUCUACAAGAAGCUCUUAGCAGUUCACGGGACUGGGUCGCCUUCAUUUGUAUGACAAUCGGUUGGUUCCUCCUCUUAACUUCCUGUAUCGGCUUCUGGCGCAUCAAACGCUGGGAAUCUUCUAUACGCGAUUCUUCCACACCAUCAGCUCCAAGAGUGGUGACCCCCGAACAAAUUCAGCGGGAGAGGGACAUGAGGGCGAAUCUGGAAGCUGUAUUUGGAAUCAGUUUUGAUGAAGAUGAAAGACCCAGAACGAUUGUUCCGGCAGCACCUCAGGCUGGGAACAAUAGUAUCUCAGAACCAACUCCUCCAUUAUUACACCGAGUUCAUCUUGAUGAACACGGUCAUGCUGUGAUUAUACCAACGCAAGAUCUGGAGGAGAUGGCAUUGGAAAGGGAUUUGAGAGCGGCUGGGCUGUUUUGAUCCGAGGUUGAGGACAUUCAUUUCUAAAAAGUCCCACAAUUUUCUUGGUAAAUAAAUUCAGUAGGUCAACUUAUUGCUUGGAUUGUGGAAGAAAUUAUUGUGUAUUUAUUUUUCAACCAAGGGAACCUGCCAGCAAUCGUUGACAGUUCCGUUGUAAUAUAAUUGUUCGCUCUCAGAGAGGUUUUCUCGAUCAAAGGAGCUUGGCACUCUGGAUAACAUUCUGCGAAAAACCCGGCCCCUAGAUCUAAUGAGCGAAGUGCUUCCCCAGCAACGGCGUAGGCUCAGCAUUUUGUGGAAUGCCCAAGUCCACACCUUGCAACACCUUGCCAAUAUAUACAAUCAAUGUUCGCCAUUGGUACCAAACUUCUCGACCGUGUCUCAGUGACCCAGUCUGAUCAGGUCGAGACAGCUUAAGAGUGAGCGCAGAC